AUGGAUGUUUCCCAGAUGAACAACAUGAUUGGAGUUGGUAUUUCACCUCCCCAAGUUUAUGCAUCAUUUGCUGGUGAAGCGGGUGGGUAUCUGAAUGUAAAUUUUAAUCAGCGGAACAUGUACAAUGUAUUGGAUAAGGAGAGGAGAAACCAGUUGCCUGAUGCAAGAGGUGCAUUUGGCUAUCUGCGUACUUUGCGAAGCACAGAUCCAGACAUACAAAACAAAUAUAGUUGCCCACUUGUGGUAUUGUCUGGAGUCAACCAUCAUAACAGGACCAUUGUGUUUGGCACAGCAAUUGUAUCUGAUGAGAAAGAAGAAACCUAUGUAUGGCUGCUGGAAAAAUUUGUGGAUGCAAUGAAAGGCAAAGCUCCUGUAUCUGUCAUUACUGAUGGAUGCAAGUCCAUGAGGAAUGCGAUUAGAAGAGUAUUCCCCGAUGCCCACCAUAGGUUGUGUGCGUGGCAUUUAUUGGAGAACGCAGGAAGGAAUGUGAAGAAGCCCAAAUUCGUAGAAAUGUUUAAAAGAUGCAUGUUGGGUGACUAUGAGGUGGCUGGGUUUGAAGAUAGGUGGGAAAAGAUGGUGAUAGAAUUUGAAGUUCAAGAUGAACCAUGGGUGAAGGAGACGUAUGAGAAGAAGGAAAUGUGGGCUUCUGCAUACAUGCGCGGUCAGUUUUUUGGUGGUUUUAGGACCACCUCGCGAGUUGAAGGCUUGCAUGCUCAGCUCGGUAGAUAUGUGAAUUAUAAAAAUAAUUUGUGUAAUUUCUUGAAGAACUUUCAUAGGUGCAUGACCUACUUUAGGUUCAAGGAGGUUGAAGAUGACUUUAAUUCAACACAUGGGGAACAAGUGUUGUUGACAUCUCUAAAAGCACUGGAGAGGUCCGCAUCAAAGAUCUACACGCGUAACAUAUUUCUUCGUUUUAGGGCUAUUCUUCAAAGGGCUUCAACUUGGAGGGUUUUUGGGUUCAAGAGAACAGCAAUGUGUGUUAUCUACUUUGUGAAGCAUUACCCCUCAACUGGAAGGAAUUGGCAAGUUACUUAUUAUGAACCUACUAGUGAGUUAAAGUGCAGCUGUGAGAGAAUGGAGUCAGUAGGCCUUCCUUGUGAUCACAUUGUUUCUGUGAUGGUGCACAUAGAUAUGGUUGAGAUUCCUAAAUCCCUUGUUCUUGCUAGGUGGACUAUUAAUGCUAAGGAAUCUAUUGAGGGCUUUGGAGAAACUGAAAUGAAUGAAUGGGAUCAACUAACAGUCUGUCGAUAUUCUGCAUUGCUUGCAAGUUGUAGAAACCUGUGCAAACUUGCUUGUCGCACAAGUGCACAAUUUCUAGAGACCAAAUCACUUGUAUUUGAGCACUGUAAAAGACUGAGCAGUAAUUCACAGGUUGACGUGACAGCUGGAGAUGGUGCUGCUGACCAUGGUGCAACAGUUGAUGAGGGACAGGGUGAGGAAGGUGAAGAGAGGCACAUUAGGAAUCCUGAUGUUGUCAGAUCUAAAGGAUGUGGGGCCAUUAUCUCUCAACGGUCAAUGAAAGGUAAGCGUACUCUUCGCUGUGGUAUCUGUGGCAAGCCAGGACACAACCGCACAACAUGCACACGUAGAGAUGGCCAAACGUCUACUCAACUAGGAACUCAACAAGGAACUUAG